AUGGCGCCAAAGGGAGAGAAGAAACCAGCGGAGAAGAAACCCGUUGAGGAGAAGAAGUCGACUGUUGCCGAGAAGGCUCCUGCUGAGAAGAAGCCAAAGGCCGGGAAGAAGCUACCUAAGGAUGGUGGUGCUGCCGCCGGAGGCAAGAAGAAGAGAAACAAGAAGAGCGUGGAGACGUACAAGAUCUACAUCUUCAAAGUUCUGAAACAAGUUCACCCAGACAUUGGUAUCUCAAGCAAGGCUAUGGGUAUAAUGAACAGUUUCAUCAACGACAUCUUCGAGAAGCUUGCUGCUGAAUCUUCAAGACUUGCAAGGUACAACAAGAAGCCAACCAUCACCUCAAGGGAAAUUCAAACUGCGGUCAGACUUGUUUUGCCCGGUGAAUUGGCCAAACAUGCCGUAUCGGAAGGAACCAAAGCUGUAACUAAGUUUACAAGUUCUUAA